AUGAAGAACUACAUUGCCCUACUCGCUCUCUCUGCUAUUGGAGGACUAUGUGCUCACGGAGACGAAGCGAGCACAGAGAUGGGCCCAGCUGCCUUUAUGUGGCCGCCCGAUCGUCUCUGGGGAGCAGCAUAUGACAACAACGCCCCUUGCGGCUCAUCAACUGGGCCCGUGAAUCGAACAAGUUUCCCACUGAUCAACGGCAAACUUGCGCUUGUAAUCCAAGACGAGUCAUGGAAUGUACAGGUAGCGAUCUCUCACAAAAGCAACCCAACUACCAAUGAUGACUUCGAGGCCUUCAUCGAUAGCUCUACUCUUUCCGACAUUGACCCAGGGCACGAGUGCUACUCUGUUCCUAACCCAUCUAUCGACGUGGAAGAGGGAAUGAACGCCACCUUCCAGAUCAAAUACACUUCAGAUUUCGAUACCGAUAAAAAUGAAACCUACUACGCAUGUGCGGACGUUACAUACAUCGCAGCGAGCAAGUUCACCUACCAAGUCCCUUGCUUCAAUGUGACGUCGGAUGAGUUCACCGAGGUGACUACUACAACCGCAGCUGGGUCUACUGCUACGGCAAAGUCGGACACAGCAAAGGACUCGGCUCUGGUCUUUCAGGGGGGGGCUAUUGCAGGUAUUGUGGUUGGCUCAGUGGCUGGAUUGGGUCUUGGAAUUGCAUUGCUGUUCUUCUAUAGAAGGCUUUUGCAGAAGUAUCGCUUCCUUCGGCAGAAGGCUUCCACCCGCAAUGUGGACUGGAAUGAGGAGGCGCCUCAGCAUAAAGUCGACGAUGAUGUUCCGAUUGGGCUUCGCAAGAUUAGAUGA